AUGCCAACUUUCUGGCCGUCAAUUACCCCAGAGCUUCGAGACUGGGCUUUGCGCCAAAGCGUCUUUUUCGUGGCCUCUGCACCUCUGCAAGGACGACAUGUAAAUGUGUCGCCCAAAGGAUUCCCUGACUCGUCUUUCGCCAUUCUUGGUCCUAACGAGGCAGCUUACGUUGAUGCCACCGGCUCCGGGAGUGAGACCAUCAGCCAUGUGCGUGAGAACGGUCGACUUACUAUCAUGUUCUGCUCAUUUGAUGCCUCGCCAGGCAUCGUGCGCUUCUUCUGCACUGGUUCUGUGAUUGAGUACGAUGAGCCUGAUUUCCCUGGCUACCUCGAGCGGAUGGGAGGCAAGAAAGUGGUGGGAGCGCGGGCUAUCAUCCGUCUGAAUGUCUUCAAGGUCCAACGUUCUUGUGGUUAUGGUGUCCCGCGAUUGUCCCUGCAAGUCGACCCCGAAACCAACAACACCAAGCCGUAUCUUCAAGAUCGCGAUACCCUAGGCCAUUGGACAGGCAAAAGAGUCGAGUCCAAUGAGCUUCGCACAUAUCAGAAGGAGUGGAACGUACGAAGUCUGGACGGGCUACCUGGACUACACACUGCGCUAAAGGAUAACCAUCAGCUUGUCUGGUUGAAGCAGUUGGGCAACUGGACUCGUCGUCACAGAGACGAGAUCGAGAUGGUCAAAACCUCCAUUCUGUUGUUGUUUAUUUCUAUGGCUAUUCUGCAAUGGGCAGGAUACGUGGUCUCCUCUGGGUCCAACGCUGACCGUCGCCAUGCUAUCGCUGAGUUCGCUCGCAAUUAUCCUCAAGAUGCAGUCGAUGUGAUCAUUGCUGACUACAUGAGCGAGGCGAACAUGGUGGCAUCAGCGGCUCGUACAGUAGAACAGCAGCAGCGUAAAGCACAAGGCACGCAUGGAUCCUCGACGAUCGAGGCACCAGGCUAUGAAGUUGGCUUUCUCCAAGCCCUGGACCCAGCCCUGUCAAACCUGGCAAAAUACGGCAUCAAAGUGGCGGUGAAUGCAGGAAACACGGACACAGAGGGCCUCUACAACGUGGUCAAGCAGAUGGUGGAAGCAAAAGGACUGAACCUCAAGGUAGCUUGGGUCUCCGGAGACCAAGUCCUGUCCACCGUCAAAGCUGCAUUGUCGUCGGGCAAGUCAGCCUUCGCCAAUAUCUAUACCGGCGAAUCCCUCUCCGAUUGGCCUUUCGAGCCUAUAUUUGCCCAGUGCUACUUGGGAGGACUCGGAAUCGCCGCCGCUCUAUCCCAAGGAGCUGAUAUCGUACUCUGCGGACGAGUCUCCGAUGCGUCCCCAGUCAUUGGAGCGGCGUACUGGUUCCAUGGCUGGAACCGCACUGACCUUGAUCAGCUAGCCAACGCAUUCGUAGCCGGUCAUCUCAUUGAAUGCAGCAACUAUGUCUGCGGCGGCAACUUCACCGGCUUCAAGGCCCUAGAACACAUCGGUCCUGACGGCUGGUCCAACAUCGGAUAUCCCAUCGCGGAGAUCUCCCCGGAGGGUAAAGUAAUCAUUACCAUGCAAUCCUACGCGCGCGGAGGCGCCGUCACCAUCGACACUUGCUCAUCGCAGCUCCUAUACGAAAUCCAAGGCCCAUGGUACUUCAACUCAGACGUAACCGCCAUUCUGAACGACAUCCACUUCGAGCAAAUCAGCCCCAACCGCGUCGCCCUCCACGGGGUCCGCUCCGGACCACCACCCCCAACUACCAAAGUCGGCAUCACAGCCCGCGGAGGCUUCCAAGCGGAAGCGAUCUACUUCCUCGUAGGCCUCGACAUCCCAUCCAAGGCACGCAUGCUCGAAUCCCAAAUCCGCCGACUCCUAUCACCAUAUGCCCCAAAAUUCACCAGCCUCCAAUUCUCAACCCUCGGCUCUGCCCCCGAAAACCCCGACAACCAAGACAGCGCCACCGUCUGCCUCCGCAUCGUCGCCCAAGCCCGCCACGCAGAAGACCUCUCCCCAAUGCACUUCCUCCGCUCCAUCGUCGACACCAUUAUGCAAGGCUACCCGGGGGCCACUUUCCACCUUGACACCCGCCAGGGCUUCCCUCGUCCCGUCUACGAAUACCACGUCACCCUCCUGCCCCAGUCCAACAUCAACCAUCAAGUCCACCUCCCCUGGCUCCACCAAACCCUCACUAUUCCACCCCCUCCAAUAACGAAAACGUACCCAUCCCGCCAACCCUGCCAAUCCCUCACCGACAACCCCACUCUAGACUUCGGCCCCACCAUCCGUGGCCCUUUGGGCUGGAUCGUCCACGCCCGGUCUGGCGAUAAGGGCCCCGACGCGAACUGCGGGUUCUGGGUCCGUCAUGCAGACGAGUACCGCUGGUUGCGGUCGUUGUUGUCCGUGUCGGGAAUCAGGGAACUCCUGGGAGAGAAGUAUACUGCCAAUCCGGAGCUGAGGGUUGAGAGGUUCGAGUUGCAGAAUUUGAGGGCUGUACACUUUCUGUUUAGAAAUCUGUUGGAUAGAGGGGUGGGAGUUACUACGACGGUGGACUUUUUGGGGAAGAAUGUUGCGGAGUUUCUUAGGGCCAGACAUGUCGAUUUGCCGGUUAAAUUUCUAGAGAGGGGGAAGUUGUAG